UGGGUCGUUUGGGACGAGUAACGGAGGAACGGAGCUCGUGAACACAGUGACCACUUGUUAGUCGAGGAACGCGCUGGGGGACAUACGUCGAACGAGUUUAGAAUCCACUGCGAUAUUAUUUUCCCUUUCGCUAUGGCCGACCCAGAUCCCGAUCCUCACACGAAGUCGCCCAAGCCCAAGUCGGUGAAGCCAGCGGGAGUCGCGGGGGAGUGCGUAUGCGAGCACUGCGACUUCAUAAGGCGAGUAUUGAUACCGGAGAUGGUCCACGAUCGUUAUUUCUGCGAGCCCGGAUCCAGGGAGUUCGUCGAGUUCGAUUCCGUCGACGUGGAGCACUUCGACCGGAAGAGUAAUCGCAAGAACAUGUUACACCGGGUGACGGCGCGCGUAAAGUUUUCCGGCGUGACACAUAGCUUUCCUCUUAUUAUCAAGCUGCCUGAACCGCACGUGAAUCUUCUGUCGUCCAGCCCGUUCCUGAACGAGGAGAUGUUUUACAGCAAGAUGACGCUCAACUACGGAACGGACGGUAUCCCGAAGUGUUACCUGUCCGACCUGGGUCGAUACGAUCGGCCUGUUAUCGUGUUGGAGGAUCUGGCCGCGCGCGGUUACACCCAAGUAGAUGAUAAAUUGGACGAGGAUCAUCUGAAAUUGUGCAUGAAAGCUUUGGCGACGAUUCACGGCAAGGGACUGAAGCUGAGGGCGUGUAGGUUUCCCGUUUUCAGGGAGUUCUAUGCUAAACUGUCUGUACCGGCGGACUGGUUGCACUUUCAUACAAGCACUCAGACAGGCAACGUCAGAUCACUUGAAGCACAGGAUAAUCCUGAAAGUUUGGACACUUCAUUAUAUUCCGCAUUGCCAGUCGAUGGAGACCUCUCCGAGAAAAUAAGAAAAAAGCGAGACGUAACGACCAAAUUGGAGCUCAACGAUUUUUGGACCAUCUGCCAUGGUAAUUUCACGCGGAAUAACUUGUUGUUCAGGUACGAGAAUGGGAAGCCGAGUGACGUAAAAGUGAUCGAUUGGAGCACAAUGAGGUAUUGUUCACCAUCGAUUGAUUUCGGUCACAUUCUCCUCCAAAAUCUGCCCGACGACCGCGACGAUAAUCUAUCGACGAUCGAGGCAUUUUGUCGGAAUAUUUUGCGGAUUUAUUUAGAUGCUGUGAAAGACGAGUAUCCGGAAGUGGAUCGUGAACUUUUGGAACGAGAAAUUAUCGCUAACGUGCCGUUUGCGUACGGCAUCAUUGAAAAUCGCGUGCUCAGAGAAGCAGGGAUGAUGUUGCAUACGCUCGACCUUUUAGGUAGCUUCGAUUAAAAUCACUCUCGUUGUUACAGUUUAUGCUUUACAGUUGAUGCUUUAUAGUUCUCGCGAUAUUCCAUAUAUUAAAUCUUAUCACAACUUUAUCGUGCAUACUCACGAUAGCAGGAUACACAGAAUAAAAUACAUUGGCACAUAUAGUAAAUGUUAUAGACGUUUAAGUUCAAAGGUCUAUUUUUAUCGUUGUACUUGUAUUUUAUAAAUAAUGUGACCAAUGUAAGAAAAUAGAUAUGUCACAGUACUCUAUGUAUAUAUCUAAAAUUUAUAGAGAAAUAAAUUUAAAGUUACAGAAUUACCCGUUUGAUACUCGCUUUUUUAUUUCGGCACUCAAAAUGACAGAUUUUUCGCGAUUUCCAGGAAAUACAAAUUAAUCGCUUCGUAAUAGCGUUAUUAGUAUAAUUAUAAUU